GCCACACACAUCGGGACUACGCUUUCCUGCCCCUUGCCAUGUUCCAUCACGCCGGUCAUCCUCCAUGCUGCUGCCUUCGUCAAAGAGGUGUUACAAACACCCUGGAUUUUGGGACAGCGCAGCAAGGCACAGCGCUACUGGAACAUAUUGACUGAAGAGUGGAGCGGGACCCUUACCAGUUACCGCUGCCGUGUCUUGCCGCGCAGUACAUAAUCGCUUACCUUACUUUAGAUGUGGUAUCCCCAUUCCUGAAAACUUCCUCACAAAUGCGUCGCGGUCGCAACCCUGGAGAUGGGCAAGGCAGCUCGGCACACAGCAGCCGUAUCAAUAGAAUUAUUGAGAACCUAGAAUACUUUGCGAGUCUGCGUGAGAGCAGUCAAGCCGUCGGCGCCCAGGUGACGGCUUUCUCGCAAGCGCGAGCUGGCGCCUUGACGCCAGCCGACUGGAAAGCCGCGGACGGCUCGCAUGGCCGCCUGAUUGUGUCUCUAGUCGGCGCGCACGGCUGGGCUGCUCGGGUGCUGGCUGCUUGGGCGCUGGAGCUGGACAUCGAGCACAUGGACGCCCUGGAUGUGUUCGUUGGCACGCAGAACUUGGCAGACACCCUCGUCAACCUGAUGCCGGCUGAGGAGCGCAAGCUGCUGGCGCUAGCUUUCAUUAGGGCAGACACUCUCAGCCUACAUGCACGGCUGCUGGCGCGUGUGGCUCGCGGGAGCGCAGAUGGUGACGGCAGCAACGGCAGCGGCGGCAGCGGCGGCGGCAGCAGCGGCAGCGGCGACAGCGGCGGCUCAGGCACAGGCCGCGGCGCCACAAGCGCAGCUAUGACCGCGGCGCAGCGAGCCGCUGCGAUGAUACGUGUCCAGCUUUUGGUUUUGAAUGCCGCGUCGUCUGUGCUGCGUAUGCUGCUAUCGUGCCACGACGCCGUCAUCGAGCUGCGCGCUGCCCUUCUCCGCACCCAGCUCUUCGAGCACAUAUCGGCAGCGCUGCUGAGUGCCGCAGCUGCGAUCGCGACGGGGGCAUUGACCAACAUGGACGCCAACUGGGGAUCGCUGCUCACGUGCGCUUCCAUCGUGGGGUCGUGCAUUAACUUGCUGAUUCAGGGGAUGGCAGAAGAGGAGGAUUACAAGAAGCAGGAGACUCCGCAGUGGCAGCCGGAGACCGUGGGCGGCGGGGCGCCUGCCCCGCGACAGUUCCUUAUACAGGUCAUCGAGCUUGAGAUGGUGCGGCAGCUGUUGGGCGGCCGCUGCCUGCAGGCGUGUGCGGUCUGGAUGACGCGGGUGGCGGAGGCGACCUUGCGGGAGGGAAGCGCCGCAGGCAGCGCAGCAGCACCCGGACAAGCCGGCGUGCAGGAUCCGGCAGCGCAGGCUUUGGGCUCGGGGCACGGCGCGGCGGGGUCAGGUGCUGCGGCGGCGGCGGCGGCGGCGACGACGGCUGCGCCUGAUGCUGGCGGCAGCCGGGCGCCGCAGCGGUUGCGGCCAGAGGCAGCGGGGGAUGCCGUCGCGGUCUGUCGGGCGCUGGUCAGGCCGGCUGUGCCGCUCACUCUCGUCACGCAGAACACACACACAUACAUCACUCCCGCUGCCGUAGCUCUGGCGAUCAGCGCGCGGGACUGCCCCUUACUUCUCGCGCUCACACCUCCACUACGGUGGGGUGCCAAGAUGGAUGGCGCCAACACGGGUGCAGUUUUAGGCGCAGGCGGUGUAUGUGCUCAGCAGCAGCAGCAGCAAGGGCCCUGCACACCUGACGCAAUAGCAGGAGCGGCUGCAGCAUCCCCCGCAGGAGCAGGAGCGGCGGCCGUCGCAGCUUCCGCACAGUUGCCGGCACCAUCGGGGCCAAAGGCUGCAGCGGUGGAACGCACACGUGCCGUGAACACGUAUGACGUGUUGUAUGGCGCUGUGGACGCCAUGUGCGCUGGUAGGAACACAAACAUGGACCUGCAGGACGAAAAGGCAACUACCAGCAUGCGACAGCCGGUCACGUUGCUGGUGCGGCUGCUGUGCAAGCUGCGGCCGCGGCAGGCGGCGGCGCGUCUGGCGGGCCUGUGGCGGGUGCUGCUUUGCGAGCUGGAGGUUGCAAGGUUCAUGUACGUGGUGGCUGCAGAAGUGGGGCUGCUACUGCGGCUGCAGCUGGAGGAGGAUCCGCGCGGGAGCACCACGGCUGUAGCAUUGGUAUCAGUGUCCUCAGCAGCAUACGCAGCGCCGGCUGCCGUGGCGGUAGCGCCACAUUCGGCGGAGCACGCGUUCACUCCCAGCUUCAGCCUGCGGUGCGCGCUGGCGGCAGGGCUGCUGCCGCGCCUAGAGGCGCUUCUACGGAAUCCGCAGGCGUGGCCGGAGGCUUACGCAACGGGCGGCAGCUCUGACCGGGUGCUGUGGCCCUUGCUUGUGGACUCUGGCGUGUGGCCGCUGGUGCUUGCACAUGCUCCGGCGGCGCAGGUGGCAUCGCUGGUCGCCACCCUGACAGCGGCGGUGCGGCGGCUGCGCCACGGCCACCGCUCACAGGCGGCCGCGGCCGAGGGCCGCAGUGGCGGCCGCACCAUUGGCGGCAGUAGCAGCCGCGGCGGUGACACAACCGGCAGUAGCACCAGUGGGGAUGGCGGGGCCAGCAGCUCAGCUGCACCGGCGCCGGGCACACAUGCCGCCGGCGCAGAUAUUAAUGGGCCCGACAUGGAGGCUUGGCGGCUGGGCUUUGGAUGUUUGGCCGGGCGCCUUACUACCUUGCUGAGGCAGUCCGUGCACGCGCGGAUGCAAGUCUUCAAGGUAGAUGGAGGGGCGCUGGAGACACCAGGAUCGCAGGCGCAGGCGCUGGCGCAGGGGCAGCUGGAGCAAGCGCAGGAAGCGAAGACAGCUGCCGUGGGGGCUGCGGGCGGCCCAUGCCUGCGGCCCAGUGCCUACGCGCCGGCUGCGGAGCAGCAGCGGCUGCUGAUGAGCCUGUGCUUGUGGCAGUGGCUGCCGCAGUUCCUGUUCCUGGCGGGGAGCUAUCCGCUAGACAGGGAGGAUGUGUGGCAGAGCAUGCAAGCUGUGACGGCGCACCAGCUCACGGUUGCCGUCCUACACGCACUGCGGGCGGAGCAGCAUGCAGCUGGUGCUGCCGGCGGUGCGGACGGCGCAGACAGCAGCAGCAGCAGCAGCAGCCUCGGCGGCAAUAGCGGCACCUUGAACAGCACCAGCGGCAGCACCGGCUGUUGCGUCAUUCCAGCUGCCCAGGCGGCAGAGUCGUGGCGGGCCUUCCUUCACAGCCAGGAGCUUGACGCUGAGGGCUUCCUUGCGGCGCUGCUGCGACAUAUUGGCAACCCAAAUCGCUGCAUUGACAAAUACUGGGUGGCAUUUUUGUUGAUUGCCAUCGGGGCCUGGGACCCAGAAAUGCUUGUCCGUGCGGCUACAGCGGCUGCAGCAGUAGAUGGAGGCAGUAGCAGCAGCGGCAGUAGCAGCAUCAGUGCCGCAGCUGUGGUGUCGGGUGCCCGCACGUUGGUGGAGCAUGUCCAGCAGAAGGAGGACAAGUUGUCUGGAUGGCCACUGCCGGAGCUCUUCGACUUCGUGGCCGCGGCCGUUGAGCAGCCGUCGCCUGCGCCGGGUGCCGGCGGAGUGGGAACCGAAAGGCGUGCAGCCGAAAGGCUGCAGUUGAACCGCUGGAGGGAGCUGCAGGCGGCAGCUCUUGCGGCCGGCGCGGAGUACACCACGGUGGUGAACCUGAUGUCCCCAGCUGAGGUGCAGGCACGCCUGCGCCGCCUGCCGGUCCCGGUCGCGACGGCAGCAGCAAGCGACGCCACGGCUGGCAGUAGCACCACUGGAGCUGCAGCUACAGCGGCGGGUACAGCUGAGGCGGGCAGCGAGCGGGGCGUGGUCCUGUGCGGCAAUCCUGCCUGCGCCAACACGGAUGGGCCCAGCGCGCUCUUCCCAGCCAGCGGCGGCAAGACGUGCGCUCGGUGCAAGGCGGUGUGGUACUGCUGCGGCGCGUGCCAGCUGGCGCACUGGCAGCAGCAGGGCGGGCACCGGGAGGCAUGCAGCAAGGCGCAGGCGCAGGCGCAGGGGCAGGGGCGGGCGCAGGCGCAGGGGCAGGGGCAGGCGCAGGCGCAGGGGCAGGGGCAUGCAGCAAGGCGCAGGGGCAGGCGCAGGCGCAGGGGCAGGGGCAGGGGCGGGCGCAGGCGCAAGGGCACGCGCAGGGGCGGUAGACCCCAGUUGUAGGAAGGUGAGGUGUGCAAGGGCUCAGCGCGCAUGCGUAGAUGUGGGUGGCGGCCAAGCGGGUGGGCUGCGGUCAAGCGGUUAGAUGUGGGGAGCGGCCAAGCGGUUAGGCUGCCUACAGGAUACGAUAUUCAGCAGCCUAACUGCCGUUGGCCCAUGCUGUGUUGGUGUGGGCGGGUGCACGCGUGUGUACGCUUGGCAUGAAGCUGCAAAUGAUCUCACGGCAUAUACGGUAUGUGUAUGUGGGCCGUGUCGGGCUGCUGAGUCGGAGGAUGGUACUCUGUGAGUGUGUGGGCAUGCAUGACUUCGCUUGGUGUGCAGUCGGCCAGGGGAAAGAAUCAUAUGGUGGUGUAGUGGCGUGGCUUGGCCAACGGGUAUGUUGGGAAUGGAUUCAAGGCAACAAGGACCCACAGUAUCCCUGGCUGACAUGUACCCAGGAGACUUGACAGAAGUCUGGAAGGACAAUGCGGGUGUAGACGUGUGCGGUGUAGCGGUGUAGCGGUGUGUGCUCGAGGAAGUGCGAGAGGUUUGGAGACCUCUGGCUGCAGCAAGGGCGGCCGGCGUCUCCAUGCCUGGCAGACCCCAAGUUAGACGUGUGUCGCAUCCGUGUGUUUCUCGUGGGUACAGUGAAAACUCGGUGUCCUCGUGCGUACUGGCAUUGCAAGGGUAAGGUCGGGUUAGGCGUGACGGGCCAAGGGCCCUCGCUCAGGCGUGUGCCACCAAGGAUGUCGGGUUGCCAUGUAGUGUUCGUGAAGUGCUGCGUGUGGUCUGCGGCUUGCGGCAAGCAGUACUGUAUGCUGACAUCAAGGAAGUACGCAGCGUGCGUGGGCAUGUGGGCUGGCGCCGCCUUGCGCGGUGUGGCUGCACGUACGUGCCAUGAGAUGAUGAAAUGGAACUGGUCUGCCAGGGAUUGCCGUACAUCCGGAUUUCAGGUGCGUCAGUCAUGCGGCCCCGACAGCAAGCGGGCGGCCGAGGAUGCACGGCACUAUGUAGCACAGUCCUGGCUACCUUAUUUUUCUGAAUCCAACAAAUCCCAUCCGCACUCCGGACUCCGGGGCUUCUUGGGCGCCUGCGCCCAUGUUCGCGCGUGGCAGCAGAAAUAAUUGGGCAAGGCACAGGGCAAUGCAAUGGCGAGGGCUGGGUCGGGGAACUGGCCUGCAUGGUUAACUGCAGUGGGUACAGCAGAGCACGACGACUGGGGUUCACGCCUGCUUUAGACGUAACGGGCUGGCUGGACGCCGUUUGGUAUUUAGGCACUUGAGGGCAACGGGAGAUUCUGGGCGAAACCCGCCUCAAUCCAG